UUAAAUGUGACUUUUGAUUUAAUAUUUUUCGGUUUUUAUCUUAAUUGUAUUGGAAACUUUGUACUUCAAUGUCAAAUAUAUCGAUGUAAACUUGGUUAUGUAUAACCUUCUACAUAAACAUCACGUGGUUGAUGUACAAGUUUUAGUUGAGGGAUUUGCUUAUUUUGAAUUGUAGUUGAUAUAUUUUUAAGUUUAAUUGUUAUAAUUAUAAUAAUGUCUAAUAUCAUUUAUAUGCGUGAAGAUGGUGUCAAACCAGCCUCUGCUGAUUUUGAAGAAAACUGGACACUUAAAAAGUAUCAAGAGGAAUUGGUUAUAAAAGUUAUCAAACAUGAUAGUUCUGAAAUGGAAUUCGAUAUUAUUGGAAUAUUUCCUGCUCUUUGCAAUGCCUUUAGAAGGAUUUUAAUCUCUGAAGUACCUACUAUGGCCAUUGAAAAGGUAACUAUGAUUCAAAAUAAGACUAUAAUACCUGAUGAGAUUCUGGCCCAUCGUUUUGGGCUUAUUCCUUUGAAAGCCAACCCAAGGUUGUUUCAGUAUAGAAUGCCAGGAGACUUAGUUGGAACAGAUAGGGACACGCUCAACUAUGAAUUAAAAGUCAAAUGUGUCAAAAAUCCUCAUAGGCGUGCUGGACAUUACAGGCUAGAAGACAUGUAUUUAAAUUAUGAAGUUCUUUCAAAGGAUAUCAAGUGGAUACCUUUUGGUGAUCAGAAGUUACUUUAUAAGGAGGAAGAUAUGGGUGCGAUACAGGAUGAUAUAGUGAUUGCAAAAAUGAGACCUGGCCAGGAACUUCAUGUUAAAUUGGCUGCAGUUAAAGGUAUUGGCAAAGAUCAUGCAAAAUUCUCACCUGUAGGAACAGCCACUUACAGGUUACAUCCACACAUCAAGCUUUUGGACGAUGUGAUUGACGAUCAGGCAGAAAGAUUGAAACAAUGCUUUUCAAAAGAUGUAAUUGAAGUAGUUAACAAAAGUGGCCAUAAAAUAGCUCAAGUGAAGAAUACUCGAAUUGAUAUGUGUAGUCGUAAUGUACAUAAUGAACCUCAACUUAAAGAUAAAGUGGAAAUAGGUAGAAUUAGAGAUCACUAUAUAUUUACGAUUGAAUCUGUCAUAAGUAGUCCUCCUGAUGAGCUGUUUCGGGAAUCUGUUAAAAUAAUGAAGAAAAAAUGUGCUGAAGCUUUAAUUGAAUUGAAAAAUAUGACAAUUAAUGUCGAUGUUAGCUGAAUUCUGUUGCAAUUAAUUUAUUUGUUUUAUAUUUUACUUGUAAGUUUUGUAAAUAUUAUUAAUUAUUCUUUGUAAAUUAAAUAUAUAUACGUCUUUAAAAGUA